AUGUCGCCUGGCGAUCGAGCACGGUAUGAUGAGUGGCUCUCCGAGAAGACCUCGAGGCUCAAGCGCGAGGACCCCGCCGACAGAGCCCGCGCACGCCAGAAGGAGGAGCUGAGGGAGACGGCCCAGGAAACAGUUCAAUUCCUCCGCCGUGAGCUGAAGCACCGCGGCACAGAAGAUGACGCCUACAAGUCCACUCUGUGCACCAUGGGCACCACUCGGCGCCUCGUGCCUCUGGCGAUCCCCCGCUUCCGCGACUCGGCUGAGAUCCAGGUCUACAACGCAGACACCCUCAACGUCGCCAUCGGCCUGUCACAGGCCGCGGCAAAGAGCGGCUAUGACCCUGAGAAGCACAACACCCGGCCUCUCAUUGUCAACUUCGCCAACCCCAACAAGCCGGGCGGCGGCUGGCUCAAUGGGCAGCUCGCCCAGGAGGAGGCCAUCUGCUACCGGAGCUCCCUCGCGCUGAGCCUCAACGAGAAGUUCUACCCGAUGCGCAAGGACGAGGCCAUCUACAGCCCCUACGUCAUCAUCGUCCGCGACGACAUGGAGUCGGGCCACGAGAUCUACAAGUACCGCCUGCCGCCCAUCAGCGCCGUCACCGUGGCCGCCAUCCGCGAGCCCGAUGUGACGACGUACGAGCUGCAGAGCACCGUCGGCAAGCGCACCAUCCACGAGAAGGACGUCUUCACCCACGACCAGGACCGGGACCUCACCAAGGCCAAGAUGCGGCUCACCCUGCGCAUGGCGCACAACAACGACCACCGCUGGCUGGUCCUCGGCGCCCUCGGGUGCGGCGUCCACAAGAACCCGGCCGAGGACAUUGCGCACUGCUGGCUCGAGGUGCUGCGCGAGGACGAGUUCUCGGGCAACAGGUGGGCUCAGAUCUGGUUCGCCGUGUUUGACCCCAAGGAUGACGGGAACUAUGACAUUUUUCACAAGAUUUUAAAUGGGCAGCGGGUAUGA